GAGGGUGCCAGAAUGAUACCCCGUCAUGCUGGGAUUCCCUUCUACUUCCAGCCAGGAGCACGCCUGCAUGACAGCAAUAGCAAUAAUAACAGAUAUAUUUUUUUAAAUACCCGUGUAAUGCAGAACUCUGCUGGAGAGCUGUAACGUAAGGCAAGGGGCUGGAUUUGAUUAACGUGAUGAAAUUACACAAGCUUCUCCUUUCUCCCUCCGUGCCUGCCGAGCAGCAUCUCGCUCUCUCCCCAUCCCUCUGUUCUCUCUCUUCUUGCUCUGCAGCGGGGCUGGGGUGGGCAGUACAGGGAGGUGGGGUAGGCAGCCCCCUGCUUCCCUCUCUGCCCUGGGUUCCCCAGAUCCUGGGAUCCCCCCUUGGGCUGCAUCAUUGACAUGCAGCACCCAGCAGGGCUGCAUCACUGCUAGAGGAGAUGCUGGCACGGAGCCUCCCGCUGCACUGCACAGCGAACAGGAUCGGCUGCAACUUGGGGUACCCAAGUGGGAUGAUCGGCUUGGCUUGCAGAGCAUUUACUUCUAAUCUCCGGCAGAAAGGGGGGACCCUUUCAGGAGCAGCUCUGCAGGCUGGAAAGAGGGGAAAUGGCUGGUGAAUGGCUGCAGUGAGAUAUUGCACAGUUCUGAACGUGACCUUCACCUCCAUGAUGAAUCAGGAAAAACCUGUCAGGUCCUCCUAGCUCCCUGGCUGUGCCGUUUGCUGUUCCAUUGCUGUUCAACAGACAGCAGCCCCAUCUUUUCCCACCCAAAGCAAGGAAGAAGCCAGCAAACCACACAUGACAGAUGAAAAGUGAAGCAUUAUCAAAAGCUGUGUGAGACUGUCAGAGAGAAACUUUAUAUAGUAAUUCUCCUUCUGAGCCUGGAAAGCCGUGCAGCACAUUAGUUACAAGGAAAAGCGAGAAGAAAUGCUCAAGUAACUGAGACCUGAAAUUGCACGAAUCAGUACAUAUAUUUGAAUAACUGCAUACGGUGUUUAGAAAUCUGCAUUCACAAUGGAUGAUGGAUACAGAAACACAAACCUUUAUCAAGGGGGCAGGGAGACAAAUCAAGUCUCAGAUGAUUACAGGUACCAGGAUGGAAACUAUGAGGGGUACGCGCCCAAUGAUGGCUACUACCGUGGUGGGGAUGAGCCCACUCAUGAAGAAGAUGCCCAGAGUGAUGUUACAGAAGGCCAUGAUGAAGAUGAUGAGGUGUAUGAAGGGGAGUACCAAGGAAUCCCGCACCCAGAUGACAUUAAAGCCAAGCAGAAGAACAGAGCUCCUGCCAUGGAUGAUGAGUACAGAGACCGUGCUGACCUUAUGGCAGAGAGGAUGGAGGACGAGGAGCAGCUUGCCCAUCAGUAUGAAAACAUCAUUGAGGAGUGUGGCCAUGGACGCUUCCAGUGGACCCUCUUCUUUGUUUUAGGGUUGGCACUGAUGGCAGAUGGGGUGGAGCUGUUUGUGGUUGGAUUUGUUCUGCCCAGUGCUGAGAAGGAUAUGUGCUUAUCCAGUUCAAACAAAGGCAUGCUAGGCCUGAUAGUCUACCUGGGAAUGAUGGUGGGGGCUGUCAUGCUGGGUGGCCUCGCUGAUAAACUGGGAAGAAAGAAAUGCCUCAUCAUAUCACUUGCAAUCAAUGCUGCCUUCGCCUUCCUGUCCUCUUUUGUCCAGGGAUACGGAUUCUUCCUUUUCUGCCGCCUUAUCUCAGGCCUCGGUAUUGGGGGUUCCCUCCCCAUCGUGUUCGCCUAUUUCUCUGAGUUCCUGUCCCGUGAGAAGAGGGGCGAGCACCUGAGCUGGCUGUGCAUGUUCUGGAUGAUCGGUGGUAUUUUUGCUUCAGCAAUGGCUUGGAGCAUCAUCCCACAUUACGGCUGGGGGUUCAGUAUGGGAACCAAGUACCACUUCCACAGCUGGAGAGUCUUUGUUCUGGUCUGCUCCCUACCCUGCAUUGCCUCCUUGGUAGCACUGAAGUUCAUGCCUGAAAGCCCGCGGUUCUUGCUGGAGAUGGGUAAGCAUGAUGAAGCCUGGAUGAUCCUCAAGCAGGUUCAUGACACCAACAUGCGGGCCAAGGGUGAACCAGAGAGAGUGUUUACGGUUUCUUAUAUCAAAACUCCAAAGCAAGUAGAUGAAUUCAUUGAAAUCCAGAGCUCAACAGGGACUUGGUACCAGCGGUGGCUGGUCAGAAUCACAACCGUCUUCAAACAGGUCUGGGACAACGUGCUAUAUUGUCUAACAGCCCAGUACAGGAUGAACACACUGAUGCUGGCUGUGGUUUGGUUUACUAUGGCCUUAAGUUACUAUGGCCUUAUUGUCUGGUUCCCUGACAUGAUCCGCUAUUUUCAAGAAGAGGCCUAUGAGUCCCGAGUGAAGGUCUUUGAUGAGGAAGAAGUGUCACACUUCACCUUUAAUUUCACCCUGGAGAACCAGAUCCAUAGAAACGGGGAAUACAGGAAUGAUAAAUUUAUUGGCAUGAAAUUCAAGGAAGUGAGAUUUGAGGACUCGCUGUUUGAAGAAUGCUACUUUGAGGACGUGACAUCCAGUGAAACCUUCUUUGAAAACUGCACCAUCAUCUCUACUGUCUUUUAUAACACUGAUCUCUACGAACACAAAUUCAUCAACUGCAGGCUGAUAAACACCACGUUCAUGAAGGAGAAGGAAGGCUGCCACAUUGACUUUGAGGAGGACAACGAUUUCUUGAUCUAUUUAGUCAGCUUCCUUGGCAGCCUGUCUGUGCUGCCAGGAAAUAUCAUCUCUGCACUGCUUAUGGACAAAAUAGGGAGGAUAAAGAUGAUUGGUGGCUCAAUGCUGAUCUCUGCAGUGUGCUGCUUCUUUCUCUUCUUUGGCAACAGCGAGUCGGCAAUGAUCGGCUGGCAGUGCCUCUUCUGCGGGGCCAGCAUCGCAGCCUGGAACGCCCUGGAUGUGAUCACCGUGGAGCUCUACCCCACAGAUAAAAGGGCAACAGCUUUUGGCAUCCUCAAUGGGCUUUGCAAGUUUGGUGCUAUCCUGGGGAACUCAAUCUUUGCCUCCUUUGUAGGGAUAACCAAGGUGGUUCCCAUCCUUCUGGCUUCCUCUGCUCUGGUUGGAGGUGGCCUGCUUGCUUUGCGCCUCCCAGAGACUCGAGACCAGGUCCUGAUGUGAGCAGCUGAGGCAAGGGGGGUCAGGGGUGGACGUGGAAGAAGAACUAAAAAGAGCCAUGUUUGGAAAAAUCAAAACGUCCUUUUCUGUACUGUUUUGUUGAUACCUCGAAGAGAGGAGGCAGAGUGGGAAAGAAGAGCCCAAAGGGAUAAAAAUGAAGCCCUUCAGUAUCUGACCCUUUUACAGCCACGACUGGUGCAUGCAGCUACUACACAUGCCCUGCAGAGCUUCGCUGUUUGGGUUUAACUUUGCCUACACUGGGAUCCUGUUUUUUCCCACUCCAUCCCAGUGUAGCAACACAGGACAGGAGCAGUGGCUUUCUGCAUGCGUGUGCCUGCACGGGUGUGAGCGUGUCCGACAGGAGAGCAAACCUUGAUCCUGCCUUUGCCGAGCUGUGAGACCCUGCCUGCCUUGCCAAGCACUCCCUGGCAACUCAGAUCCACUGUGCUCAACUGUGAAAGGAAUCUGAAUGGGAGGCAGGUAACAAACCUGCUCUAGAACACAUCCAGCAGCAGGGUCCAGAGCUGCAGAUGUGACUAGUGACCUUAUCUGUCUUGAUUUUGGGGUCAUCACCUUAAAGAGUGAGAGAGUUCUGAUGGAUUUGAGGGUGGGUGCUCAGCUCUCUCAGUAAAUCCAGGGUUUCAAAGCCCUUUACUAUUGUCACUUGAGCAUAGAGAUUACUAGGCACUUUCUUGGUCUGGGAGAGAAGUAUAUACAUCAUUAUACAUAUAUGUAUUUUCACAUACUUGCAAAUGAACGUGCACACAUUGAAAUGAUCAGCUACAGAAAGUUACGAUUUUAAAUUUCUGCACUAUUAAAAAUGUCUUAAGAGAGGCACUAAAAUCUAAUCCUACUGAUUCAAGGUUACCUGGAGUUACGACCUGCUUGGUGAUGCAUCGUUCUUUAUAUCCAGACACCAAAUAUUUAGAUGUAUUGAUGACUGGGACUAUAUAUUUCUAUGAUGAUAAAGAUUCCUUUUUCCUACAGACUUCCGUGGAGGAGAAAUUGAUAUGAUGUUGGAGCGUUCCACAAACCAAAUGUGUACAUAUUAUCCAGUGUAAAUAGGAGACUUUUUCUCUAAUGUCUAGAGUAUGGUAAUUGAGAAUUUACCAGCAUUUUAGCCAUAAUAGUUAAAGAAUAUGAUGCUUCAUUUUCUUAUAUACUUGGGUCUCACUGAAAUACUGUAAGCACAGUUACUUAUAGCCAUUUAACUCGUUACACGGGCAAUGCACACGGCAAGCUUGCACUGUACAGAUUAUAUUCUCCAUCAGGUGGGUCAGUUCCACUUGAUAUCCUCCUGUAAAGAGCAUUUCUGAAUGUCAUAUGCCCCUUUUAUUGUUGCACCUGGAAGUAAAGUGAGCUGUGUAUUUUUGGAUAUAUUUUGGGGUGGGGGGGCAAGACUUAAACACAUAUUGUUAAAUAACACAUUAACGCUCAUAAAUACCUAGAUAGUGCUAAUUAGAUCCUUUCAACAAGCUCAGCGAUAGUCAAGAAUUGAUCAGAAAUGGUCACACAAUGCAGGGUAUUUAUCUCACCAGGAUGUUUUCUGACACAAAAGGUUCUUUUGUACUUUUGCUCGUGACCUUCCUUUUACCUUUCUUUGGAUCCCUCUGUUUUUUUUUCCCCCUCCUUUUAUUUUUAAGAAAAAUAAGCAGUGCUAUGCUGAAAUCCAGCAAGACUUCAGUCUAACACCUCUGCCUUCAGCUGCGCAGAGGUGGUCACACACACACACCAUGUCUACACUGAGUUUGGGCCUGUGGAACAGGACAGGUGAAGGACAGAAAAUGUGGUCAGAUCACAAGAAGCAAAUCCUUGGUAAGGAGACAAAACCACCUAAAGAGCAUCGCUUUCAUCCUUGUGUCAAUUGGGGUUAAGCACUUAAAGAGCAGCUCGGUUCCAAUGGGCUAUUUGGGAUUUUUAUAGGUUUAUUCUGAGGUUUACGAAAUUGAUAAAAUCACAAACCACUUGUAAUAGCUGGGCUUAUUAUGCCUCAUUUCUUCAUUUUAUGGGUAGCUUAAGGCCUUUCUGAUUGUCUUCAAAACAGCAAGGUUCCUUCUGUAAGGUAGGAGGGAAUGUAAUUAUGUCCUUUGGCAGCAGAUCACAGAUUCUGUUGAGAACCACAACCCAGAACGUGUGUUUUUCCUCUAACAAUGCCUGGUACUUUUGCAUGGUGAGAAUUAGUCAAAUGUGUAUUUCAAUACAAAAGAUCACCACGGUCUUUAUGUUCCACCCUUUCUGUUUGGCUCUGCAUGCCGAUGACUGCCUUGAGUUUGGGGACGGGGUGGGGGGGAAGUUUAUUUAAUGGUCGGGGUUAUUUUGCUGUGCUGCUCUGUGGAGCCAGAACUUCUUCGUAUUUGUUUUAUGAAGCACUCUUAGAUAUCUACUUACCCAGGGCUCUAACAGCAAACCAGGCUAUUUGUGUUCUCCACUGGCAUUGCUCGAUAACUCUAAUGGCAUGGCUUAUUUUGUAAAAUUUCCAUGUUGGUUUCCUGAUGAGGAAGAAAAUGAGUUCUUAAGGAGAUAGAAAUGGUAAGAUAAUAGUAGGAAAGGUCAUCCAACCUUAGAAAUCUGUCUUCUUUACAGAAUGGCUCAUACAUAUUCUGCCUGGUAAACCCAGAGAUCAUCUGGGACAAGGUAAAGAGUAAUAGGUUGUUGCAGUCAGUGUCACCCUGGUUACCUAUGUGACUGUGCCCCUAAAACACAUGGCCAGUCACUUCAGAGAUAGGGAAUGUUACUUAGGGGUCUUGAUGCUCCCACCCCUGACACUUGACCAGGGAGAACUCAUUGCCUACAUCUGCCACAGUGAUCAGUCUGCUUGUCUUGGGGUUUUGAUACUCUGGACUGUCCACGGAGAAGAGGAAGAUUCCAGCUGAUGAUAAGCCCAGUGCUGAACUCUAUUUCCUUGGAUUUGUGAACUAUUCAGUAACAAGGGCACCGAGGACUGUGACGGGGGACUUGCCUUAAUCCCAAAGACCUCUUGUUGAGGACAGCUGGAUUUCUUCAUGUGUACAUGGCACACCGAUCCAGCUGCUCAGCCAGGGACUGUGGCAUGGAAAAGGUGCAGGGACGUGACCUGGUCUAUUGUGUCUUCAUGUGCAGAGUAUUGGGAUCCACAGCUCAUUAGUGGGUUUCUAAGCAUGCAGAAAUGGAUAUUUAGAGGAACACGAAGCACUGUUAUUACUGUCGUAGAAGACCAAUGGUAUUACAGUAAGAUUUCUGCCUCCUUGUAUUCCCUGUAGAUAGUCCAUUGAUGUCUCCUGCUUAUGUCCUUUGACUUUCCAAGGGACACAGAAAUCUCAACAAUAUGUUUUUAGGUCUAUGUAGAUCUGAGCCCAAUCCAUCAUAUUUCCAUCAAGUUUCUUCCUUUGGUUUUUCACCCUUGUGUCAGCAAACACUGCUUUAGGAAGACUCAAACCUGAGGACUGAAGGAAGAAAAAUGAAUGAAAUUUCUUUGCUGUAUGUAACUCUAAUUCCACUGCAAAUAACACCCCGUGUUGUGUGUUAUGAAAUACUUCAUUUAGAUGUUCUGUCUGCUGUGUGUGUGAAAUAGCCAGCUCCAAUUCCUCUUCUUUUCCUCAUUUACCUCUCUCUUCUCUCUUUUUUCUUUUCCUUUUUUUUUCUUUUUAAGAGUUGAUCUGUGUCUGGUUGUCACUGGAAAUUGCAGCCGUUCCAAUGGACUUUUUGUUUUUGUUCCUCUUGUCACAUUAAAAGGCUGGAAGAAAAAAGAAUGA